AUGGAAGGAUCGAGCUCAGCCCAAACCCUUCAGCUCGAAUUCACCAAACUCCAACUCUGUUGUCCGGGUAGCUCCUCCUCCUCCUCUCCACCCCAGAAUGCCCACGUGGUGACAUCUCGGGGGCUUGAGCUCCCAAGGAAAGACCUGAAAAGGAAAGGAUCAUCAAGUAGCGUCGUCCCAUACAACAACAGCAGGCCCGUUCCGAGGCAUGAGGAAGAAGAGAACAUCUAUGCUGGCUUUUCCACUGAUUUGGUCCUCUACGAGGACCAGUGUAAAAUCAAGAAGAAGCUAACGAAAAGCGACCUCAGUGCUCACUUGUCGCGGCUCGUGCUUCCCCGGGGCAGCGUGGAGGCCCACGUGUUCCGGUUGAUGGACAAUGAAAUGAAGAAGCAGGUCGAGAGCAAGGAUGGAAUGAAGGUAGUCGUAAGGAAUGCGGACACACGUAGGGAGCACAAGCUCGUGUUCCGCCGCUGGGGGUCGCCAGGGACCUACGUGCUGAACGGUGGCUGGCACAAACUGUUCGUCAAGGAGAGAGAGUUGGAGGUUGGGGACGAGAUCGGCAUGUUCUGGGACAAGUACGAGCGCAAGUUCUUCAUCACGGUCCAUCGCAGGGUUGCUCGUGGCCCAAGCAACGCGGCGGCUGGAGUUUUCACUGGAAAGUCAUAG